AUUAUUUUAUAGCUUGCAUGUCAUUGUUUGUUUUCCUGUCCCUUAUAUGCUGUACAUGUUUCGUUCUUGUUCUUAAGGGUUAAGAGCCUGCUUUUUAGGAGUAUACACUUUACAAAUUUUCCAUUUAUUAUUAUUAUUGCCUUACACAGCUGUAAAAUGCUCAUAUCGUGCUCAUAUCGCCGGUCGAAUUAUAGUUUGUAAGCAUACUACUAUACAUUGGGAAAAUUACCGAUUACAGUUAAUGAUUAAUGCCAAGUCCUGUGCCCCGGGGUCCGAGCUGGGUCUCGGCCCCCGGGGAGACAAGUUUUGUGUCUUGUAGCAGACGACAGAUGAGUGACGUCAGACUAUCUACAUAGUUCCGCCUCCUGGUACGUCAUUUUUGUAAUUGUCGACGACCGUUAGCUUUCUGUAAAUCUCUACCCGAAUUUAAAUUGUUUCUGUGUGGAUUUGUGCUUGUUACAAAAUAUCUCAGCCUUUGUCACGCUGACCUUUAGACAUGUUCUGCAGAUUACGACAAAAUCAAACCGGAAGUUGAAGAGCCUCUGAGGUCUGGAAGCAGACGGCGACAGGCAUGUGGCGAGUCGUGACGCACUAAAACAGUUGUUUACGCACCUAUCGUGGAGAGUCCAACUCUUGUUCAUGAUGUCGGUUUAUCCCAUAGAAGAAAGUUGUGAAACAUCUCGAGAUAGCAAAGGAACUCAGAAUGGUACAGUUGUGAUGAGGUCUGUAGGGAGGGGGCUAUCAAUGCCUGCCGAUCACAGUGAUUUAGCAAGUCAGCUGGAACAUGUUAUGUUUACCCCCGACUCGGCCGAUGAGGUUGAUACUGUGAAAAAGCAGGUGACAAGAAAAACACAGCGAAACAGGAAAGCGACCAGGUCCCUGUAUGGCGUGAGCCCUAACUGCAAGUUUGGGCCCAAAGGCUAUCUUCUAGAUUGCACCAGCGCAUUUCUGAAGAUCCCAGAUCCAAGCAGUCAAAAGCUGAACUGGCUAAAAGCACCUUUAUCAGUGUUGGUUAUCAAAAAACCGCUGGACCAUUCUGUGACAGUGGCAUUCCGUGAUCUGGUGAUUUGGCUGAUAGAGGAGAAGAAUCUGCUGGUGUUUGUUGAGGCAAGUGUAGUAACAGACCACUAUCUUACUGAUGAUGAAAAUUUUCAGCUCGUGCAGGAUAAGCUCAUGCGCUUUCGAGAAGGUGAGGAUGACCUGGAAGACAAAGUGGAUCUUAUUAUCUGUCUAGGGGGAGACGGUACACUCCUUCAUGCCUCCUCUCUUUUCCAGCAAAGUGUUCCACCUGUUAUAGCCUUUAACAUGGGCUCCUUAGGAUUCCUGACACCAUUUCAAUUCUGCACUUACAAAGAAAAGAUCACCAACAUCCUAAAUGGUCAGGCUUCUCUGCUGCUGAGAUACCGCUUGAAGUGUGUGGUCAUCAACCAUGUGCAGAAGGAAAACAGCCACACCCCAAUCCCCCAUGUCAAAAACCUGGAUAAAAAUAGUCAGCAUAUUACUUCACACAUACUGUGCUGUGGUAUGAUUACCUGGCAGGUAUUGAAUGAAGUUGUCAUUGACCGAGGCCCUUCCUCUAACCUUUGUCACCUUGAUCUUUACAUUGAAGGACGUCUUGUCACAACUGUGCUUGGGGAUGGGCUCAUCAUCUCCACCCCCACUGGCAGCACUGCUUACUCUGUGGCAGCAGGUGCCUCCAUGAUUCACCCCAACGUACCUUGCAUCCUCAUCACACCCAUCUGUCCUCACUCUCUCUCUUUCAGACCUAUUGUGGUGCCUGCUGGUGUUGAAAUCAAGGUAACCUUGACCCCAGAAGCAAGAGGCACUGCCAUGGUAUCCUUUGAUGGUCGAAACCGACAGGAGAUUCAACACGGUGUCAGCUUACGAAUCACAACAGCUUCCUACCCUGUUCCAUCAGUUUGUGCACGAGAUCAGAUCGAGGACUGGUUUGAUGGUCUGGCUGACUGUCUGCACUGGAAUGUGCGGCGCCCACAGAAGGCCUUGUCAACCAGUGCCAGCCUCACCAGCUUGGAUUCUGUGGAUCUGGAGCCAUUGCAAACCCCCGGUGAGACCUCAGAGGAUUGAUGGCCACCAGCAGGUCUUUCAUUUGUUUUACAUUUUUUUUUUAUGCACACCAUUGGCUCAAGUAGUUUGUAGCAUGAGUGGGGUCUCCCAUUCUAUGAUUCUUUUAUGUACUUGUGUGUGCGCAUGUGUGGGUGUGUGUUUAAGGGAGGUUGAUUUUUGUUAGACAUGACAAUCUGUGGAACAGGUAAAAUGUUGAAUCAUGUUCCACUUCUAGAAUCGCAGUUUUAUUUCUUUUCACUUUAAAGAGAGAAACUGUAUUGAACUCUAAAAUGAAGAGGUUGGGAGUUGAUUAGGAAAAAAAUUCAGUAGUUAAUAAUAUAAGAAUAUUGAUUAGUUUUUGUGAACCACAGAAAAAGUGCUUGUUGAUUGACUUAUUGGCUUGUUAGUUUAAGACUUUUUAAAAGGAAUGCUGAGCGACUUAUCAGGGUUUAAGGGUCAAGUGCUUUAGAACAUUAGAAGACAAUUUAGGGAUUUGCCUGCCAAGAGAAAAUAUGUAUUAUCAUUAUAAUUCUUUCACAUACCAAGGGAAAGAGUGAUGCACAAUGACAAAUGUAAUAUUUGUAUAUGCAUAUAGAAGCAUGUACUGAUUAUCUGAUUGUCUUUCCAUUUCUGAUUUUCAUGAACUUAACUUUUCUACUAAACUGUGCUUUUCAUGUUUAAUUUAUGUAUUAUUCUUAAGUAAUUUAUUUAUUACUAAGUGGUUUGUUAUGUACAUUAGCAUGUAUCAAUUCAUAUUUUUUGAGAAAUGGCAGUUCAGAUCCAUUUUAAUGAGUUUUUGAAAUCAACAUGUGGUCAUAUUAUUUUUACCACCAUAAUAUCAAAGUAAAUGAAAGCAAUUAAUGAGUAAACAUCAAACUAAAGUUUAUUUGAAACCCAUUGGUGGUUCUAAUUUUUUAAUAUGGUUUUCACAGCAUGUGUCUUUUUGUCCUGUUUUGUCUUAUCAAGUAACCAAUACACAGAGCACUUUUCAGCUUGCUUUGUGUGCCUUGCAUGUGAUGCUAAUAUACUACACCAUGCCUUUCUUUUCCCUGGAUGUUGAAAACUGAGCCUCUGUCUUAUUAUUUUUUGUUGCUGCCAUAUGUACAUCGGUCAGAAAAAAGACUCGAAAAGACCUUUUUCUUUCCUUUAAAGUCAUCAACACGGUGGGAAUUUAUUCAAAGUAUUGAGUUUUGUCUGAGGGAAUAAAAAAAUUUUUAUUAAUGCACUGAUUUACCAUAGACACUUUUUAUGGGUUUUUAUCUGUUAGGGCAAGUUUGAAUAGAGGUUUAACCAGUUUCAGAGCUAAGGUUCAAAGACUUGGUAAGUCAAAGCAAGCUGCACAUGCAUGGUGUUGCUGAAUUGUUUCAGCACAAACAUUUUGGUUGCAGAAGAAUCAUUUUCUUGGAACACCAUUUCAAGAUCACAAAAGAUUACGUUCUAUCUUCGCCAGGCAAUGUGAUAGAUGCUAAGACAGGAUAGUAGGUUUGUAACCUCCUCAAUACAGUUAUUGAAAUGCAGUGUGUUGCUCGCUGAUCUCAAGGUGUACUACACAUUAUUAUUGAUAAAGAGCUGGAAAAAAUGAAAUGGACUGAUAGUGUCGGUGUGGUAGCUGCAUGUUCAGCAUGACUUGUGUUAUCUAUGAAAAAAGUUUGUUACACCUAUGUUGUGUAUGUGCCCAAACUGAAAAAAGAACAUCUUUUGUUUGCAAAUUAUUGUGACGCAUAUACUGAAAGUAGAGCUUCUGCAGAUUCCCUGUGCUUUAUCAAAGGCAUGACUUUCUUUUUUGCUUGUACGAUAAGUGCUGUAGUCUGUUGAUUACUUACAGCUGUAGAAUGCAUCAACACGUCUGAGAUGUGUUAUUGUCAUCAACGGUUGAUUGUAGCAUUCUCCCAAACUGCACCACUGCUCUGCUUUCAUUAUGACAAACCAUGUAAAAAGCAUCACUUGCUGUAGUUAGAAUUGUCAUAUUUGCUAAAGAGUAUGUGAUCUAGGCUGGUAUUUUAGGCACAGUUGUAAAUAAGUGAUUUCUUUGCAACCAGAAAUGUUCAGGAAAAAAAAAAAUUGUGAUGUUAGUAUCCAUAGUUUAAGUGCUUCUUGCUUCUCUGGCAUCUCUAUCUUGUGCCUGUUUGAUCAGCUUUGUGUUCAGAUGUUUUUGGUUAUGCUGUGUGCAUUCUUGGAUCUGUUGAAAAUAAGAGUUCAGGUUUCAGUAAAACCAAAGUAUUCAUUUACACACUAUUAUUGUGUAAAAACCAUGUGGUUUUAGCAGACUAAUCAAAAACUCUAAGAGAUUUGCUCUGAUAGACAUGACAGAUCUGAAGAAUCGCUCCUUGCAGGUCUGUAGCAACUAACUGCAGUUUGUGAAGUAUAUUAUUAAGCCAAGUAUAAUAAUAAAAUGUGUACAAUAAUAAUAUGAUAUUGAUGGAAAUGAUAGAUGAUAAUGACAAAAUUGUCAUUUCCAGAAAUAGGUCUAGCAAUACUAAUUGCUUCCUGAAUGCCAUUAAAACAUUGGUGCCACAAAACACAGUGUGAUCAACAAGUUUAAUGUACAAUUUGGAUAUUGAACAUUUGUGCUGUUCUUCCCUUUCUUAUUCAUAAAUGACCAUUUCUUCAUAAAAUGUGUGCAUCUGGUCGUUUUCCAGCUAUUUAAGCUAUUUGAUGUUGCUGUUGUUGGACAUUUUGAGAAACAUGUUUAAUGAAGAUGUAAAUGUUGAUAGUAUAAUGCACCCUAUGUAUUUCACAUGAACAGUGGUGUAUCCACUUGCAUUCUAUUUCUUAUCACAAGUGGUGUGAACUGGUGCUAAUAUUAUGUGCACUUCCACCGCUAUUUCCUGUCAUUGUUGAUUUUCUCUGUCUCACAUUUCUUAAGUGUACCAUCACAAAUGAUGCUUCCUUUGGUGUAUAUUUCACAUGCCAAAGCUUUGCGGUAUUCCACAACACACCUUACAUUUCACUUACUCUUUUUUGAUUGUUAGUCUUGUUCCAUUUUUUCAUAAUUGCAAUGUGCUGCAUGGUGCUUGUUUCAGUUGUUUGUACUAGUAAAGCAUCCUGCUAUUUCUAGUAUAUAUUUUAAAGCUAAUUAUCUUUUAAUUUUCUACAUGUCAUUUCCAUUUGUGCAUCUUUCUAUUUAUGUUCUGCCCCAUUGGCAGAUGUGGUUUAACUAAUCACUUCUUUUCUGUCUAAUGUGAAUGUUUCAUAUCUAUACCUCCUGUCAGAUAUCUAUGCAUGUGUUGUGAAGCAGGUUUAAGUAUGUCAUGUGUAUUGUUCAUCCUUAGACCUUUCACUGCUCACAUUUGAUGGCUGGGUGUUAUUUGUGAGACAUUUCACCUUUCAUACCUGAUCGCUGUUGUUUGUGAGACGUUUGACUUCUGGAGGCUGUCUACUAUUUACUGUUAGAAUUGCUUCCUUUCUCUCUGGUCAUAAUGGGAUUUGGCUUGCCACUAGUAUCUAGCAUCACGUAACUGUUUCUCUAGUGAUUAUUUAUGUCUCUCAACUGAUUUACCCAGUCCUAAUGCAAUGACUGUUGCUUUUGUGGUCUUCCUGUUAAUGUAUGCUAUUUUGUCCACCAGGUAUAUUGUUGCAGGUAAGUUAUCUCUCCACAGGUUUUGGGUGUCUUCACAACAUCGGUUACUGUUAUUGAAAGCAUUUAGCAUUUGAAGUUUACUUUAGGAACCAAUUUGCCUUACCAGGGCUAGCAGUGAAGGGUUCAUUCAACUAUGUCAUACCACAAACAUUGAAGUUACUGUUUGCAUCACCAGGUCUGCCUUCAUGUUGGUGAAAUGGAUCUACUCCUGCUGGCCCUGAUAAGGCAAAUUUGCUUUUCUUUCUUUCUUGAAGAUUUUGUAAAACACAUUGGAUGUUAUACUUAACACUGAAUACCACUCAUGAUGUCAUGUAGCUGUCACUGGUGGUGGAGCAAGCUGUAUGUGGAGGUGUGGACAACCCUAUGUACCUCUCUCACCUCGCUUGUCUUAUGCUUUGCUGUCAGUGUAGGUGUGAACUGUCCAUUGUUUCUCUCAUUUAGUGUCGUCUUCUACGCUUUGGAGGUGUGGACUGGCUGUUGUUUUUUUUAUCGAGUGUAUCUUCUACUUAAUGAGUGGCUGUAUGCCUCACAAAUUGUUUAUCGUAUAUAGUAUGUCUUCUGCCAUGACGAGUGUUAGUGUAACAUCACCUAUCUUUCUCAUCAGACAUAUCUUGUGGGUUUUCUUCCUGGGAUACAAUAGAUCAGUUUAAAGCACCUAUCUGUGGCAGUCUUUCUGUAAAGGGGAACCAGUAGUGUUAAAUAUUACUCUAGCAUCUGAAAUAGUAUCAGGGCAUUGAUAAGUGUUACUUAAGGAGUUAGCUUUGGGAUAAAAAUACCAUUUUAACUAGACAUAUUUUGGAACAUGUGACAAUCCUUGGCAAAUUUUUGUGUUGUGAUAAAUUUGCCAAACAUAGGCACCUGUUUGACAGUAUGUUUGGUUGAGAAUGCCUUUUGCAGGCAUAUUUAUGCAGUCUUGCAAUUUAAAAUCAAAUGGCAAUAUUUUUGUAACUUUUAAGUUUCUCAAACGACUGUUUUUCCUGGAUGUUUAACUGUUAUUCACUUUGACCUCAGGAACACUGGGAAGCAAAGUAUGAACUUUAUCACCACUUGCUGGACUGCACAAUACCAGUAUGUUUAAUGUUUGUAGAAGAGCAAUUACAUGGGCGGUGACUCUUAUUUCCUGUCAGUGUGAGUGUCUUGUGUACAUUAUGCUCUGUGAUUGAUUAUAUUUUACUGUCUAUUUUAAUACUGACAAAUACAAAGUGCAUAUAAAAUGUACACAGGGUCUUUGUUUAUCAUUAUUUGGUUAAUAAAGUGCAUGUGUA